AUGGAGUAUGCCGAGGUUCGCACUAUCCUCAAGAUGACUGGAUCCAAGGAGUCCAAGUACUUCAAAGAGAGAGUGGCUGCUGAACAUCGCCUUCUGGACCAGAGAGAUCUCCUUGAGGUUUCCCAAGGAACUCUGCGAGGGAAGUACUGCCUUUUGAAAGCGAUCAUCAGCAGGAAGUUAAGAGUUUGGAACGCCACCAUCCAAGAAAAUGUCCUUUUUUCAUAUCGUAAAGCCCGCGGGAAGCUUGUUACGCUUUUUGGGGUGCGGGCCGGACAGGUCUUGGAUGAAACUCUGAAUGUCAUCGAGAAAGCUGCUAGGGUAUUUUGGAAGUCGCUUUUUAGUCGCUCUAUCUCCGGAGUAUUUACCUGGCUACUCACAGUACUGACUUUUGGCUCGAUCCUUGUCUGGCUCUGCCUGACUUUCCGUGAUUCUCAGAUGCUUGAGACAGGGGCUGGGUCCGUCAAGGUCCUCGAUAUCAACCGAGUUGUCCGCCAGGUUUACGACGGCUUAAUGACACAAUACGACAACACCAACUGGGUUCGCGAGGACAUCUUACAGAGUAGCCUGCCCCGAAAGGGAAAAAUUAUUCCCCAAGUCGACAUUGUGAUAAACAGAACAAGAAUCACGGCACGCAAGAUCAGAGAGUUUGGGUUCCAUGUCAAAAACAUGGGUACAGCGUUGGAGUUGGAGCAAAGCAGCAUUCUUAUGCAGCUCGAGGAUAAUUCGAUGACAGUAAAAAACAUCUUUUCAUUAUUUUCCUACUCAUUACGCUACGGUUCAAUAAGCCGUGACCUUAUCAACUUCCUCGAGGCUCCAUCGGAAGCUGCGCUUCGCCAGGCUUGGCUCGAUGCUCUACAGGUUGCAGCUGGUACAUUGGACGAACUGAUCCAAGAGAGCAACGACCUAUACGAUAACCUCCAUGACUUAUGGGCCCAAACCAAUGGCCUGCAAAAUUUUCUCCGUGGGGACAAGCAAACUCUGGAAAAACACCGCGUCAAGUAUGCAGGAUCGUUCAUAUACCAGUGGGGCCUCCUUGAGGACCCAGUGCCUGGUCUUGACCGAGACAUUAGCAUGGUCGAAAGCUUUUUGCCAGGGUUACUGACCUUCAAGCAUCACGUCAGCGUUAUACGGAGCGCGAUGUAUGAGACAAGAGAAUCUUUUGGGAAAUUCAAGAAAAAUGCGAUCACACAGCAAGCGCAAUGGACGCCACACUUGUGGAGAUCAAGAUUCUACGAAAACAGAAAGCAACUCAAACAUGACCUGGAAAUUCUAACCGUAUCCAUUAACAGUUACCUAAAUCCACUUCAAACAACACCCCUUCCACAUUCUCAACCUGAUGGUGCGCGUAUCCGCUCGAGCCCAUGA